CACACCUGGGGGCUUGAGAGUGAGUGUUGAGAAGACUCACAGGUAGCAUCGCACGGUCAUGAGUUGGUCCAACUCAAAAAGCCAGGCCUUUUGGGUCUUGGCGGCCUUGAUUAGUCUAGGAGGUCCGACUUUUGGCUCUCGGUUACCACUUCAUGUGGAACGUGAACGAAUCGAUGAGAUCGUCAGGAGGUUUGAAACAGUGGAACAACAUUCCAACAAACUCGAGCAGCCUGAGCUCAGACAUGAUUUGGACGUGCCCAUUAUGAUUGCUCGGGAAGGUUAUCCCGUGGAAACCCAUACCGUGGUGACCGAAGAUUGCUAUAUCCUGGAAAUGCACCGAAUUCCCCAUGGGAAGAACAAUGCCCCCACUGGUCCGGGCGAUGUAAGGCCCGCUGUCUACCUUCAGCAUGGCCUUUUGUGUUCCUCGGCUGAUUGGGUCAUGGGCAUCCCGGAGAAGUCCUUGGGUUACAUUCUGGCCGAUGAAGGAUACGACGUUUGGUUGGGAAAUUACAGAGGCAACUACUACAGUCGAGAACAUUGUGAGCUCAAUCCCAACAAGGAGGAGUUUUGGCAUUUCAGUUGGGAUGAAAUGGGCAAAUACGAUAUUCCGGCUAUGGUGGAUAAAGUCAUCUCCGCCACUGGUCAUCAGAAGAUUCAUUACGUGGGCCACUCCAUGGGCACCACUGGCUUUAUGGUGACCAUGAACAAGCGCCCUGAAUAUGCAGAGAAGAUCAUGAUGGCCAACCUUUUGGCUCCCGUGGCUUUUGUCGAGCACAUGAAGAGCCCAAUCAGAUUGAUUGCGCCUUUCGUCGACGAAAUCGAGUGGAUCGCCGACUUCUUGGGCUUGGGCGAAUUCCUGCCCAGUUCCGGUUUCAUGGAUCUGAUUGCCGACAUCUUUUGUGAUGGCGGUUGGCUCCAAGGAAUUUGCGAGUCUGUUUUGUUCUUGAUGUGUGGCUUUGAUGAGGCCCAAGUCAACGAAACUCUUUUGGAUACCAUUAUUCAUCACACCCCUGCUGGAGCGUCGACCUUCACAGUGAUUCACUAUGCACAGGAAGUGAAUUCUGGCGGGUUCAACGCCUACGAUUUUGGAAAGGAGGACAAUCAAGAGAUUUACGGAAGCGACCAUCCACCUCCGUACUCCCUGGCUGACGUGACUGUUCCAGUCUCUCUUUACUGGGGUCAGAACGACUGGCUGGCACAACCCGCUGACAUCUUGACUCUUUUGACGAGAUUGCCGAAUGUCUAUGAUAACUAUGAGGUGCCCUAUCCAAAUUGGAAUCAUUUGGAUUUUCUCUGGGGCAUCGAUGCCAACACUUUGGUCUACCCUCAGGUCAUCAGCAAUAUGGCCAGAGCUGAAGCCGAAUUUGGAGGCGUCAAAUCCUAAACACUUAAACAAAAAAAACCUUUUCAAUGAUUGGAUUGGACGAAUGCGUAAACACUAGUUUUUCAAUCUCAGAAAAGGGCCCGUAUUUUCUUCAAAUCAUCUAUGAACAUUUUUAAAUAAGUCACCCAUGCCAGAUUUGAGUUCAUGGGGGCUCUUGAAUAUUUCAGACACCCACAGAGCACGCUUUUUUCAUUGUACUAGAUAAAAGUUUAGAUCUAGUUUGUCACCAUAAAUGGUGUCUACAAUGAUAAGACUGUGCUUUGUGUGAGUGUCUGAAUAUUUAUUCAAGAGCUUCUGUGUAGCUCGAAUCUGGCAUGAUUGAUUUAAUUUGAACUUGUUCAUAGGAGGUAUGAAGAAAGACGUCUUGUUUAACUGAGUUUAGAGAAACUACUUUUAUGUUGCUUUUCCAAUCCGCCAUUUUGCCCCGUACUAGGACACGAGGCAAAUGGUAGGCCUAAUUUCCUAGAAACAGACAAAGGACCAAGCUGAUACCGGACUUGACAUUGCCCAUCGGAAUAUUGAACGACAAGAUGGCCGGCUUUGCUGGCCGGGCGAGGUUCAUCCCUCCAAAAAAAAUGCUGACUCUGAUUCUUAUUUCCAUUGUUAAAAGCCAUCAUAAUUGGCUAACGAAGACAAAUAUUCAGCACAUACAAAAUAACUUAGCCGACUUCACUCAUUUUUAACAAGUCUUUGCCACACAAAGCUUUUUGGCAUAGACCUUAAUCUAAAGUACUCAAUGUGAAAAUGAAAUAAAUCUCUGGUACAGAAAAACGCCAAUCAUCUCCGA